AAAAAAAAAUUAAAAAAAAAGGGAAAAAAUGGAGGAGCUUCCCUGCCAUCUCGUCGUUGACAUCCUGAGCCGGCUCUCCGAUUCCACCGACCUUGCUCGCUGCCGCCUCGCUUGCUCGACCCUCCGAUCGCUAUCCUACGCCGUCACCGCCGUCCACGUCACCUGCUCACCGGACCGAUUCCUCCGAUCCCGUGAUCCAGCCACAGCCGAAGAUCUCGUCCCUUUCAAAUCCCUCGUCGCAAACCUCGCUUGCCUCCUCUCCUCCUCCUUCCUCUCCCUCUGCCUCUCCGUCCACCACCCUCCGUCCGCCACUGGCGAGGAGGAUCCCGACGAGUCAGACGACCUCCACCUCACCGCCGUUGACUUCCUCUCCCAAUGGCUCCCCAUCCUUUCCCCUCGCCUUACCUCGCUUUCUAUCUCAGAUUAUUGGAUCCAGUCCUGCUGGCGGAGGUCUCUUGCCCUCUGCUUCAUCUCUGAUCACUGUGACAACCUUCGAUCUUUAGAGUUGAAAAAUGCUUGGUUAUCAGUAGAGCGUAUGAAGCCAAUGCUGAAAUUGACAGCUCUGGCUCUGGAAUUCAUUAGACUUGAAGAUGAGAACUUGGAUAAGUUGAAUGCAGCCUUUCCUUCUCUCCAGGUUCUGAAGCUAAUUAAAGUUGGAGGUCUUAAAUAUCCAAAGAUUCACCUCCCACACUUAAGGGUCUGUCAUUGGACGGUAUCCAAUUACCCGUAUUCUUUGACCAUCGAUGCACCCGAACUCAUUGAGCUGAACUUGACAUGUGUCGAGCCUAGGUCUGUUGUUCUUAAAACACCUUCACUUCUGAAACUCAAUUUGGAGAUAAAUAAGCCGAGCGGAAUCUUUCAAUUGGAAGGGCUCCUUAAUCUCGAGUCUCUUAAGAUGGUGGCUUCGGAUGUGCAAUGUCUCAUCAAGCUGUUUAAAGGUUGCAAGGCAGUCAGGAAGCUGGAACUCGAUGCACCCGAAUAUUCAGACAAAUGUACUACCGGAACUUUUACCUUCGAGGACCUUCUGAUCUCCUUCCCCGGCAUGAAUGAUCUUAAAUUGGGACCGCGCAUAAUAAACAACUGUUUCGAGCCCCGAUGCCUUCAGAUGCCAGUUGAAUGGCAGAAACUGAAGUAUUUGGAGGUGCAUCUGCCACCUUUUGAUUUGGAUUUUAGUUUUGUGGUUUGCAUUCUUAAUUUCUGUCUCCCAAACUGCCUGGUAACAAUCCUGUUCCAUGCUGAUGUCUCAACAAUUGACAGAAACCAGUUUGUUUCCAAGUGUAGCAGCAGUUUUGCAAGGAUAAGGUGGAAAUGGGGAAUGUGGAAAUAGUCCUCUAAAAAUGCAGCUGCUUAAUUUGCUUUGUAGUCCAAAAUUUUGGACUUUGUGAAAUAACAUAAUGCUUGUAGAAUGCUUUCUGGUGAAUUAUUCAUUGUAUUUUUGAAUUGCUGGCCAGAGUUUUCAAAUUCAUGAAGUAGCUGGUUAUGGCUUUUAUCCUCAUUAAA